AUGUCUAUUACUGAAAAUUUAAAAUUCGCAAAAGAAGUGGAACAGAUCGAAGCCGAACUCGGCGAAGACCAUUUGGUUCGAAUGCUGCAGUACCUCACUUCGGAUUCACAGGAAGCCAGUCAAGGUCUCAUUGAAUUGCACACACAGUGUCAGGAGGUCAUGUCGAAAUAUCCAUCGACGAAGACUCAGGAUGAGAAAAGGAAGACGGAUUCCCAAGGAAUAUUAAAAAGUAUGAUACUUUAG